AUGCGGCCGCAGCUCUUCCGUGCGGCCGCCCGGUCUCUCCGGGUGCCCCGAGCCCGUCCUUUCGCGACAACAGCCCGUCGCGCAGCCGAGGUGGAACUCACCAUUGACGGCAAGAAGGUCUCAGUCGAAGCUGGCUCGGCUCUUAUCCAAGCAUGCGAGAAAGCAGGUGCUACAGUCCCAAGGUAUUUCGACUCUCAAUGGCAUCCCUCUUUUGGUCCUCUUACUAAUAAAGUCAUAGAUACUGUUAUCAUGAGUCGUAUGUGUCUCGUUGAAGUUGAGCGUGCCCCCAAGCCAGUUGCAUCAUGUGCCUGGCCCGUCCAGCCUGGCAUGGUUGUGAAAACAAAUUCGCCGUUGGUACACAAGGCCCGAGAGGGUGUUAUGGAGUUCCUUCUUGCCAACCACCCUCUGGAUUGCCCCGUCUGUGACCAAGGAGGUGAAUGUGAUCUUCAAGAUCAAUCCAUGCGUUACGGUGCCGAUCGUGGUCGUUUCCACGAGGUUACUGGUAAGCGUGCGGUGGAGGACAAGAACAUCGGUCCAUUGGUCAAGACUUCCAUGAACCGUUGUAUUCAAUGUACUCGUUGCGUUCGAUUCAUGAACGACGUUGCAGGUGCUCCUGAACUCGGAACCAGUGGCCGUGGAAACGACAUGCAGAUUGGAACAUACCUUGAGCAAAGCCUUAACUCGGAAUUGUCCGGUAACAUCAUCGAUCUCUGCCCCGUUGGUGCCUUGACAUCUAAGCCCUACGCUUUCCGUGCCCGACCAUGGGAGCUGAAGCACACCGAGUCCAUCGACGUUCUGGACGCCUUGGGUUCUAACAUUCGUAUCGAUUCUCGGGGUAUGGAGGUUAUGCGAAUUAUCCCACGACUCAACGAUGAUAUCAACGAGGAAUGGAUUAAUGAUAAAUCUCGUUUCGCCUGUGAUGGAUUGAAGACUCAGCGACUCACCACACCUCUGAUUCGCCGCGAUGGUAAAUUUGUUCCCGCUACCUGGGAGCAGGCCUUGGUGGAGAUUUCCGAAGCCAAGGAGAAGCUCCAGCUUCAAACUAAUGAGUUCAAGGCCGUUGCUGGACACCUCGUGGAUACUGAGACACUUGUUGCUAUGAAGGAUAUGGCUAACAAGUUGGGCUCCGACAACCUCGCCCUCGACCAGCCCGGUGGCAGUGCCCCUAUCGCCCACGGUGUCGAUGUUCGCGCGAACUACCUGUUCAACUCGAAGAUUUACGGUAUUGAGGAAGCCGACGCUAUCCUUCUGGUCGCCACCAACCCUCGCCACGAGGCUUCAGUUCUUAACGCUCGCAUUCGCAAGCAGUACCUGCGUUCGGAUCUGGAAAUCGGCCUUGUCGGUGAAGAGUUCGAAAGCACCUUCGACUAUGAUACCCUGGGUGCUGAUGUGUCCUCCCUGAAGGCUGCUUUGUCUGGCGAGUUCGGAAAGAAGCUGGGCUCUGCCAAGCGACCCAUGAUUAUUGUUGGUAGCGCGGCUGCUGAGCAUCCCGAUGCCAAGGCUAUCUUCGAGGCUGUCGGCAGCUUCGUUGAGAAGCAUGCUAGCACCUUCAACACUGCCGAAUGGCAAGGUUACAACGUCCUGCAGCGUGCUGCGUCCCGCGCUGGUGCCUACGAGAUUGGCUUCACUGCUCCCUCCACCGAGGUCGCCCAGACUACUCCCAAGAUGGUCUGGCUGCUGGGUGCCGAUGAGCUCGCCCAGAGUGAAAUCCCCAAGGAUGCGUUUGUCGUUUACCAGGGACACCACGGUGAUCGUGGUGCCCAGCUGGCAGAUGUUGUUCUGCCUGGUGCCGCUUACACCGAAAAGUCCGUUACCUAUGUUAACACUGAGGGUCGUGUGCAAGUUACUCGCGCGGCCACAUCACUGCCCGGAGCUGCCCGUGAUGACUGGAAGAUUAUCCGUGCUUCCAGUGAAUUCCUGGGUGUUCCCCUUCCCUACGACGACAUCGAGGCCCUCCGUGACCGCAUGGAGGAGAUCAGCCCCGUGAUGCGCCGCUAUGAUGUUCUUGAGCCUACCUCCGUCAGCGCCUUGAGCAAGGUGCAAUUGGCCGACCAGAACAAGGGUUCCGCCACCACCGGCUCUCCUUUCAAGAAGGUUAUUGAGGACUUUUUCUUCACUGACUCUAUCUCCCGAAGCUCACCGACAAUGGCUCGCUGCUCGGCCGCCAAGGCCACUGGCAACCCUGAGACCAACUUCAUGGCUGCAGGUGAAAUGUCUCCUCAGGCCCUUUACGGCUAA